ACAAAAAAGGAAGGAAAUUUUGCUCAGCUCACGCCAUUGCCAUUCGCCGUGGAGGAUGAAAACUUUAGGAAACUUUUCGUCUUCAUUUUAAGCUGCUUUCGGUCUAAAGAACCGAAAGAACUCUUGUUUGUGUAUAUGUGAGAGGAUUUACCUGAAUAACGCACACUUUCAUCGACAUUUGAAGGAAACCGAGGGGAUUUUAGAUGCUAGUAAUAUUUUAAACACUUCACAGAGACACCAGACAACCAUGUCGGGGGGUAUCGGUAUAUAUGCGGUCAAGAAACGGAAGAAGCCCGUUCAGAAAAUACCCAAACCACCACCACCUGAUGGUGUGAAAUCCAACCCCUCCAAGCGGCACAGAGACCGGCUGAACAGCGAAUUGGACAAGCUGACCAACCUUCUACCCUUCUCAGAAGAUAUCCGUGCACGGCUGGACAAACUGUCGGUGCUUCGACUCAGUGUUGGUUACCUGAAGGUCAAGAGCUUCUUCAGUGGUGUGUGUGCCCGUCAUUCACCCCCUUCCCAACCGUUGGUGGCUCCUCGAUCCAGUAAGGGGCAAAAAUCUCUCCCAGCGAUUGUGUUGCAAUUACACAACCAUGCCAUUGUUGUGCUGUUUUUGGUCUGA